UUCCGGUUUUUACUAAGUUACUUAGCUGAUAUACUGGAUACGUCAUCAAUGUUUGACUGUCAAAUCUGUUGUUUUACCAGUUAAAAACUAUUUGGCAACAAGUUUACUCUCUGACGUGGUAGGCUACUGGUAUUAGUGGUAUUUUGCGAAAUAUUGAAGGAUGAAUAUUCAAGACAGAAACCGAUUGAGAAAAAAUCGGUGCAAUUUGGUGGACAUUGAUCCCGAUCGAAUUAAGCAUAAUCUUAUUCAGGAGGGGCUUUUCACACCCCAGCAGAUGGACGACCUAUUACUAUCACAGCCUACGCCUAAAGAUCGGAUGGGUUCGUUGCUCACUAAAAUGGAGGAGAAAGGACCAAAUGCGUAUAGCGCAUUUCGAGAUGUGUUGCUUCAAUUCCAUUAUCAAGCUCUCGUGGAUGCGCUGGACCGCACCCCUCUGACAGCCACGGAUGAAAUGGACGGAGCGCCUUUGAACCAGACGGAUGAACCAGCGAAGAAAGUGAAUAUUGAUAUAAGUGGACACGGCAGCACUGCAGUUGUCUGCGGGGCUCACUCUACUAUAACAAUAGGUAAACGUUAGUACGAGGGAGGGUUUGUACUCUAGGUGCAUGCAUAGAGCAAGGGACAGAGGAGAGUACUUUAUGCUUGUUUAGAGUUGCUUUUGGAAGAUCAACCUUUUAUAAAUAAUGAAAAUAAUCACUGCUUUGAUCACGCUUUUUAAAUGAUGCCCUCUUUUUAAAAAUCUAGAAAAAUUUGUAACAACCAAAAUUAAUUGACAAUGUGUUUACAAGCUGUUAAGCAUGCAUGGUUUUCUCACUGUUCCCUGCAGCGGACCAGUUUAUGUUGUAAACAAAAACAGCGAGUAAAUGACCUUGCCCUGGCUACUCAAACAAGUUCAUUGUGUUAUUCAAGCGUUUUCUCUUAAAGGCAGUGGACACUAUUGGUAAUUACUCAAAACAAUUAUUAACAUAAAACCUCACUUGGUAACGAGU